CCCCCCUCUCCCCGCCCCGGAAGGCGGAGGGCGUCGCGUUGCGGCGAAGCGGCGGCCUUGGGGCGAUGGUGCUGCUGAGCGCUCCGUGCUGGCUCCGCAGCCGCCUCACCGACCGCUUCUGGAGGGUGCAGGAGGUGCUCAAGUAUGCGCGGCAUUUUCGUGGAAGGAAGAACCGCUGCUAUAGGCUGGCUGUACGAAGUGUUCGGAGAGCUUUUGUGAAGUCUACAAAGGCCAGAAGAGAGAAAAAGAGAUUCCUAAGAGCGCUCUGGAUCACUAGGAUUGAAGCAGCGUCUCUUGAACAUGGUUUGAAAUACCCAGCUUUCAUAAGCAAUCUGCUUAAGUCCCAGGUGGAGCUGAAUAGGAAAAUGAUUGCAGAUUUGGCUAUUUAUGAGCCAAAGACAUUCAAGUCCCUAGCUGCCUUAGCCCAGAGGAGGAGAGAAGAAGGCUUCCUCGCUGCCCUGGGAGACGGAAAAGAACCGGAGGGGAUAUUUUCACGUAUUGUACGCCACUAUUAAAUUAUUCAGAGUCUGCAGAUACAUGUUAGAAGCAGGAACUUGUAUUGCAAUGUCAGCUCGCUCACUGACUGCUGCCAAGAUCGUAGCCGUGGAACAAAAUCCACCAGGGAUGGUUCCAGAAGGAAGAAGGGGUGGGUCCGGGUGCCAUGCUUGCGCCUGGGUGACUUUUGCCCCUGUGUUGUUGUAAUCGAAAUGUGUUGAGUUAGCAACCACGGUUCGAAGUUAGCAGCACUAAGCCAGGCCUAUAGAAGUUCCAGCAUUAAGGACGUGUAUAGCACGCGUACGCUUUUUGUUCUGUGAAGGACUUAAUAAAGAGAUUUUGUUUUUGGUAA